ACUGUUACGUACUUCAGCAUAACUGUGGCCAAGGCAGACUGAACAAAUGCAUCCAGUCCCAAAAUCUGCUUAGAAAAUAGAUUAUAUCCACUGUUUGCCUUUGAUUAAUGAGAUUUCCUUAUGUGGUCCUGUAGAUGUGUUUAUUUCAGCCUUAAAAUUGCUGAUGCAAAUCCUUGCUAUGGCAUCUGUGGCUUCACCAGUUAUAUUUAAGGAAUUUUGUCCCUUGUAUUAUCUCCUCAAUGCCAUUCCUACAAAGAUCCAGAAGGGCUUUCGCUCUAUUGUGGUUUACCUCACAGCACUUGAUACCAAUGGAGACUACAUUGCUGUGGGGAGCAGCAUUGGAAUGCUUUAUCUCUACUGCAGACAUUUAAACCAGAUGAAAAAAUAUAAUUUUGAGGGGAGGUGUGAAUCUAUAACUUUUGUAAAGCUGUUGAGUUGUUUCGAUGAUCUGGUUGCUGUUGGUACAGCCUCAGGUCGGGUUGCAGUUUUUCAGCUUGUGUCUUCAUUACCUGGAAGGAACAAACAGCUUCGCAGAUUUGACGUUGCUGGCAUCCACAAAAGUAGCAUUACAGCUUUAGCUUGGAGUCCCAAUGGAAUGAAAUUAUUCUCUGGAGAUGACAAAGGAAAGAUUGUCUACUCUGCACUAGACCUAGACCAGGGUCUUUGCAACUCCAGCCUUGUAUUGGAAGAGCCAUCUUCGAUUGUCCAGUUGGAUUACAACCAGAAGGUGCUGCUUGUCUCUACUUUACAGCGGACUCUGCUUUUUUACACAGAAGAGAAAUCCGUGAACCAAGUUGGAACACAGCCCAGAAAAAACACUGGCAAAUUUGGAGCAUGUUUUAUACCUGGCCUGUGUAAACAGAGUGACCUGACAUUAUUUGCUGCACGACCUGGGCUUCGUCUGUGGAAGUCUGAUGUUCAUGGGACUGUUCAAGCCACAUUCAUAUUGAAAGAUGUAUUUGCUGGAGGAAUAAAAACUUUUGAACUGUAUCCUCGUUUGGAACCACCUGACAGAGGAAGUUACAGCUCUCCAGAGAAACACCUUGGGCUUGUGUCAUGCUUUUUCCAAGAAGGAUGGGUGCUGACCUGGAACGAAUACAGCAUCUAUUUACUAGACACUGUGAACCAGGCUUUGAUUGGUGGCUUAGAAGGAUACGGUGAUAUUGUGUCUGUGUCCUGUACCAACAAUGAGAUUUUUCUGUUAAAAGGAGAUAGAGACAUAAUAAGAAUUUCAAAUAGACCCGAAGGACUGUCAUCAAUAGAUACAAGUCCUAAAUUGCUGACCCCAUCAUCAGUUGUUUCAUCUGUAUCAUCCAGCCCUUCAGUAGAAACAGAAAGAAAAAUGGUUACUUCCCCUUCAGUUACUGGUAAUAAAAAUGACACUUCUUCUUUAGUGAAAGAUGAUCUGGAAACUCCAAUGCUAUCAGAGAAAAGUUUUGAUAGAGUGGGAGACUUGAGCAGUGAAACCAGAAAAAGAGGCUGCUCUGUAGUAAGUGAAUCACGGAGCAGGAGCAGCUCUGUGAACUCUGUGGACAGUGGCUCAAGCUUUAUGAUGUGUGCAGACCAACUUCCAGAAGCUCAGAGAGAAGGCCAGCUUUCUUCACAACGGUUCAGCACCAUCAGCUCUGAAGAUUUUGAUCAAGAACUCAUUGUAAAGCCAAUUAAGGUGAAAAAGAAAAAAAAGAAGAAACAGGAAAGUGGGACAAGGAAAAACCACAGCUCUCUGGAAGGCACACCAAUUUAUGAGCGUCAGCUUUCUGGUGACAGUCCACAUUCCUUGAAUGCAGACUCCUUUUCCAUGACUUCCAGCAUAAUGAGUGGCAGCAUUGAUCAUUUGAGUACUGGAUCUCCAGAUCAGGAAAGCAUGUUCAGUAUGGAGUCCCAUACGAUCUUGCAAGAAGAUAAUGGUUCAGAAACUUUCAGUGUCCUGCAGUCUCCGGAGUCAGCAACUGUACUAAUCAAUGAAGAAAAUGGAGAUGUGGUUGAUUUACAGAAACUUCCAAACAGUGACAGUGGCAUGGGUACUUCAGCUAUUAUAGAUACUUUGGCAUCUGCAUCUCCUCUGAUAUUCACAGAAGACUUGACAAGCAGUGUUGAUGGUGAAUGUAAUGGUGGUGCGGUUUCUGCAAGCAAUGAAUGCUGUCCUGGAAAGCUGAGCCAAGAGGAGGAGGAGCAGGAUUUUCCUACAUUGUGUAAAAUAGAUGAAGACUUGGAUAAAGUAAAGCUGCAGGAUACUGAAAAAUCUUCUGAAGAUCCAGAUCUUGCAGACCAGCUGUUCUUGGAAUGCGACAGUAUACUUGGUGUCCAGACAUCCCUGACACCAAAGGAAAGUGAUGAAAUUGGUAGAGAAGAUCAACAGCAGCUCUCUCUAAUCCACAGCGCUUUGUCAGACCCUUCUGUGCUCCAGUUUGACAUCUCUGACAAUGUUCAUUCAGAUAACUGUUCCAUUUCUGGGUGGAAUUUUGAAAGUGCAAUCGAAGCUAAAUGUAGUACUAGCACUGCUGAAAGGGUAGCAGACACUCAUGAAAGUAAGACUGAAAAAUCUGCCUCUAGUGAUGAGGAAGAUAUUUAUGGACAUGGAUUACCAUAUUCAUCCUCGGAGACCAGCAUGCCUGAAGUUGGUGCUGUGCCUGGUGCACAGGAUGUAGCCAAGAUAAGCCUAGAUGAAAUGGUGCUCCUAAAAUCUGAUCAGUUUGCAGAGAGCUGGAUGGGAUACUCUGGCCCUGGUUAUGGCAUCCUGAGCCUUGUUGUCUCAGAAAAAUACAUUUGGUGCCUGGACUACCGAGGCAGCCUGUACUGCAGUGCCCUUCCUUCAGCUGGGCUGCGCUGGCAGAAGUUUGAGGAUGGAGUCCAGCAAGUGGCAGUUUCCCCCUCAGGGGCUCUUCUCUGGAAGAUUGAACAGAAGACUAACAAAGCUUUUGCUUGUGGAAAAGUAACUAUUAAAGGAAAACGGCACUGGUAUGAGGCUUUACCUCAGGCUGUAUUUGUAGCUCUGAGUGAUGACACCGCCUGGAUUAUCAGAACAAAUGGAGAUCUGUAUCUACAAACAGGCCUGAGUGUGGAUCGUCCUUGUGCCCGAGCAGUAAAGGUUGACUGCCCUUAUCCACUGUCACAGGUCACAUCCAGAAAUAAUGUGGUGUGGGCUCUGAGCGAGCAGCGGGCCCUGCUGUACCGGGAGGGAGUGCGCAGCUUCUGUCCUGAAGGAGAGCAGUGGAAGAGUGAUAUUGUCAGUGAAAUGCAAGCUUUGGAACCAGUGUGCAUAACCCUUGGAGAUCAGCAGACAUUAUGGGCUCUGGAUAUCCAUGGCAAUCUCUGGUUCAGGACUGGUAUAGUUUCAAAGAAACCACAAGGAGAUGAUAAUCAUUGGUGGCAAGUAAGCAUCACUGAUUAUGUAGUGUUUGACCAGUGCAGCCUGUUCCAGACCAUAAUCCAGGCAACUCACACAGUGGCAACAGCAGCUCAGGCACCUGUGGAGAAGGUGGCUGAUAAGCUUCGAAUGGCAUUUUGGUCACAGCAGCUUCAGUGUCAGCCCAGCCUCCUCGGAGUUAAUGGCAGUGGAGUCUGGAUCUCUUCAGGCAAAAAUGAAUUCCAUGUAGCAAAGGGAAACUUAAUAGGCACAUAUUGGAAUAAUAUUGUGCCUCGUGGUACUGCUUCUGCCACAAAAUGGAUUUUUCUGUUGGCUUCCACAGCUUCAUCUAAAGAAGGAAGCUUUUUGUGGCUAUGCCAAAGCAACAAGGAUCUGUUUUGUGUCAGUGAUCAGAAUCCUCAUUUUCGUCCUUCUACGGUGCAGCUGCCACCAGAGGCUGAAAUGGUGCACUACUCGGCCUGCCAGGAUGCCAUUUGGGGCUUGGAUAGUCUUGGGCAGAUAUUUAUCAGAACACUUUCCUCCAGCUGCCCAACAGGGAUGCACUGGACAAAACUGGAUCUCUCCCAACUAGGUGGUGUAAAGCUGAUCAGCUUGACCUGUGGAAAUCAGCAUGUUUGGGCCUGUGACACAAAUGGUGGCAUUUAUUUCCGUGUAGGAACUCAACCUCUUAACCCAAGUUUGAUGCUUCCUGCAUGGAUAAUGAUUGAGCCACCUAUACAGCCAGUAGGAGUCAACUUGGUCAGCAUUCAUUCAAGUCCAAAUGAUCGGAUGUUGUGGGCAAUUGAUAGCAAAUGGAAUGUCCACGUACGAGUUGGAAUUACAGAUGAAAUGCCUGUAGGCACUGACUGGGAACAUGUACCAGGUUUGCAGGCCUGCCAGCUGGCUCUAAGUACCAGGACUGUGUGGGCACGCUGCCCCAAUGGAGAUGUUGCUCGUCGAUACGGCAUCACUGACAAGAAUCCUGCAGGAGACUACUGGAAGAAGAUUCCUGGGAAUGUCUCACGUUUAACAGUGACCCCUCUAGAUGAACUGUGGGCAGUCAGUACUUCAGGAUCUCUGCUCCAGCGCCUCACUAAGACCUUUAGCCAUUCCCAUAGUUUGCAGAAAAAUAAUGAUGCCUCUGUUCUGCUUCACCCUGAUGAUUUUGAAGAUGAAUGGGAAGUGAUAUGAAGUCUCUCAAGCUUGUGAAGCAGUGAAAAAAACAGGAGGACAGAAUUUCUGUAAUGUAUGUACAGAAUAUUGGAUCUAAAAGCCACUCAUAUUGGACCUGUGAUAUUAGCACUUUUGUAUUGGAAAACUGACCUGUUAAAUAGCCCCCAAGCUGUGAGUUCUGAUGUUUGUUACAUAAUCUUUUGGGAGACUUUAGGUGUGGCAUACUGCAAUUGUUAUACCGUACUACUGUAGAAGCUCCUUCGGAAAUAUAACUCUUAAUUUAACCUUCCUAGCAAUGAAAGUGAGUACUUCACAACAGCAUGCACACUAAUGUACUGAUUUUGAGAAGGAAUUGUUACAUUAAAUAUUUCUCUACAGCAGAAA